AUGAGUGACGAAGAUAAGUACUUGGACGUCGAUAUUGACAGUGAUGACAAUGGAGAUACUGAUAAGUCAACAUCCGGUCUAACUCAAGCGGAUAAAAGAGCCCAUCAUAACGCUUUGGAGCGUAAGAGGCGUGAUCACAUUAAAGAUUGUUUCUUUGGCUUACGCGAUUCAGUUCCUACCUUACAAGGAGAAAAGGCUUCACGUGCUCAAAUACUGAAUAAGGCAACUGAUUACAUUCAGUUUAUGAAACAAAAAAAUCAGAAUCAUCAGUCAGAUAUAGAAGAUAUCAGGAAAGAGAAUUAUCAGUUAGAAUUACAAUUGAAAACCUUAGAGAGGACGCGCAAUAAUUUAACUGGUACGGCGACAUCUGAGAAUAUCGAUAGUUCAACUACGACUACUACCAAUAGUGGUAGAACAACAAGGAAUAAAGCCAAACGAGAAUUGCAAUCGGACGGUAACGAUGAACAAAAGACAGAUACUAAAAAGGUCAAAGCAGAGUAG